ACACCACUGACGGAGAGUCGCCAUCGACCAACCAACCAACGUACACCCUCAAGCAAACAUGUUGAUCUUCUCAGUCUUCAAAACUCUAACCGGACAAGAAGUGACGAUCGAACUGAAGAAUGACUUGGCCAUUCAAGGCACUCUAGCCAGUGUGGAUCAAUUCCUCAAUCUCAAACUCGAAAACAUCAAAGUUCUUGACCAAGAGCGUCAUCCACACAUGAUGGCAGUCAAGAACUGUUUUAUAAGGGGCUCGGUGGUCAGAUACGUUCAAAUCCCAAAAGCUGCCGUCGACACUCAACUACUGGAAGACGCAACCCGUAAAGAAGCGGCAAAUACAGCAAAACGGUAACAAAACGUCAAAAAAACACCUUUCCUUUCCUCUGCUUGUUUUUUUUUUUUCUUCGGAGAAUCGGGUGUGAAGUGUGCAAAGUGAACCUACCAAAAUAAAGAAAUAGACAGAAAAUCAGAUUCAAUCCAUAUAUUUAAGAAGAAGGAAUGUUUGAGAAGUAUGGUCAACAGAAGAAACUACAGUGCAACUACAAAGUUUUAACCUGUCAUAGGUAAAUGUAAUACUUUUCUCAAGUUUUCACACCACAGAUUCUGGUUGGUCUUUCCUUUUUUUCAUGAUAACUUUGUGUGUGUUUUUGUGUUGAUGCUUGUGCACCAUGAAGUGC